CGUCUGCAGCAGCUGUCCACUGGCAUGCCAGAGGGAGCGUCAAAGUGGUGAUACAGGGGUUGAAGUGAACUAAAAGGCGUUUGAUCCGUUUAUAAGCUUUUACUCUCGCCGUCUCUGAGCGAUCCAGGACCUGCACCCCCACCAUGGCGGAUCAGUACCAGUACAACACCAAUGAGGAGAAGAUUGUGAAAGACAGCCACACCAAGGAGAUCGAUCUCAUCAACAGAGACCCAAAGCAGAUCAAUGAGGACGUGGUGAAGGUGGAGUUUGAGGAUGUCAUUGCAGAACCUGAUGGCACACACAGUCUGGACGGGGUGUGGAAGCUGAGCUACACCACCUUCACCGUGUCCAAAUACUGGUGCUACCGCAUCCUGUCUGCUGUCUUCGGCAUCCCUGUUGCUCUGCUCUGGGGCUUCCUGUUCGCCUGCAUCUCCUUCUGCCACAUCUGGGCUGUGGUUCCCUGCAUCAAGAGCUGUCUGAUCGAGUCACAGUGCAUCAGCCGCAUCUACUCUCUCUGCAUCCAGACCUUCUGCGACCCCUUCUUCGAAGCCUUGGGCAAGAUCUUCAGCAGUGUGCGCGUGGCACUGCGCAAAGAAGUCUAAGAAAAACUCAGCCUAGUGUUUGUGGGUGUGAUGGGAUGUAGUGUGGUACCUUUUUUAUACACCAGAAGAUCAGGCCUGGCAUCUUGCUUACUCCCUCAUACGUCCUCCUCCUCCCCUCAUAACAUGCUCCACCAGAUUCCCUGUGACAGCUGCAGCAGGCGGCAGGCUUCUGUGACAGCUCUGGCACUCCUGGAGGCCUCAGGGCGCCUCAGUGAAGGAGAAAAGAGCCGCCCGGCAUGAGGAGGAUCUGUCUGCCCUCAUUUAUUCGUUUCACAAAAAGCUCAGGCGAUUGCGCAUGGUUGACAACAAACAACAUGGAUUCCACCACACUUCUGCACCUGUAGCAAUGCUGCCUGUAUGAGUCACUAAGAAGUCACAUUGAUGCUGUAUGUCGCUACGUGUGAUAUUGUUGAAUUUUAUAUCGAAUUGACUUUUAAAAUCCUAAAUGUGUUACUUUUAAAAUGUUAACCAAUAGAGAGAAAUAAUUAGGAUGUAGACUUUUUGAAGAUUAAAAGAUAAGAAACAUGUUUUGAACCAACUGUGAUAAUAACUUUGUGUUAUCAGAGUUUGAUGAGGAGUGUAUUGGAUCAUCUUGUCUGCAUUACAAGUACGUAAUACGUUUAAGUAUAUUAAAUAUAUGUAACUUACUUAUAAUGUAGAGAAAUUAAUACCGGUCUGUUUCUGCUUCACUGUUUUAUUUGGAUUAUAUAUGUGUAUAUUACUUUUGUUGCUUUUUUCCCAGCAAAUUAGAAAUGAAAAUGUAAAACAAAGAGACUUGUUGAGACUGUCAAAAGUAUUUGUAUUAUGUAGGGCUGUCAAAGAUUACAAUUUUUAGUCACAAUGAAUUUUUUUUU